ACAUGAACCAGGCUAAGGAGCUCGUCAUGGUUUAGAUUAGACGCUGAGGAGCUCGUCGCAGUUUUCCAUUCCUCCUGCGUGCUUCCUACCUACGAUCGUUUUGUCACGAAGGCCAGGAGUUAUUGGGAUCGCACGGGUUUUUGUCGCCCUACCCUCGACCCGUCUGAUCCGUCCAAGCGCCGUGCAGCCAUCGCCCGGCAGUUUCCGUUCGCUCAGCGAUUCCAGAUUCCAGAAGCCUCGUCCUCUCUUCGAUUGCAUGCAAGCGUCCCCAGAGUUGUCUCUUCGGGCCGAGAUAGCCCUAGAGGUCGAGUAAUCCUUAGAGGUCGACUCGAGUCAUCCCUCAAGUUUUUCCCCCCGGGGUUAUCUCUUGAAGUUAUCCGUUUCUAGAGUCGCCUCUGUCGUCGUGUCACGGUGGGAAUAAAUUCAAAUUUUGCCGGAGGUUGGGUCAGAUGCACCAGGUGCGAUCGCAGCAGCCGCCGCCGCAUUCCACGGCAAUGGCGUCGAAGGCGCUGAUGAUGGACAACGACGUGCUCAGCGGCGCGCAGGACCCCCGCCUACGCUUACGCCUGCUGCAAUCGCUCCUGACCUCCUUCCUCCCAGUCACUCCCAAGGAUCCCAUCGACAUGGGGCGGGUGAGAGGAGCCGUGGGGAUGCUGCGGGAGCAGCACGUGUUGGCGGUGGAGCCUGAUUGGUCGGCGGUGGGGAGCGGUAAUGACCCCAGGCGGAAGGCUGUGGAUGCGUGGUGCAGCAGAGUGUUCGCGUUAUUAGCUUCCCCGCUGCCGGCCAAUCGGUGGGCGGCGUGCGUGCUGGCAGGUGCCACGUGUGCAGAGAGCACGCCUCAGCGCGUGGUUGACACGUACGCCAAGUGGUGGGGGCGGCUAGCCGCCCUGCUGAAGGUGAACAAGACAAAAGGGGGCGGUGGGGGGGCCGGGAAGGGAGAGCAGCAGCAGCAGCAGCAGGAGGAGGGGAAGGAGGAGGGGGAGGAGGAAGAGGAGGAGGAGGGGGAAGAGGAGGGAAAGGAGGGGAAGGAGGGGAGAGGGGACGGGAGAGGGAAGGGGAAGGGGAAGGAGAGGGCGAGUGGGAAGGGCAAGGAGCAGAGUGCACAGCAGGACACGAUGUUUGUGCGUGUGGCGGCUGCUGCUGCCCUUGCUGACCUAUUCUCAAGGCUGGCAACUUUGUCUCAUGUGCAGAGCGUGCGCAAGGAGGCUGGCACUUUGGCCGGCAAGCUUUGGCCGUUUCUGGCGGAAAUGAUGGGCGGCAGUGAGAGCUCACAGGCAUGGAGCGUGUGCCUCUCGCUUCUCUCGCUGCUGCUUCGCUCCUUCCCGUCAAGCUUCAAGCACCAUGUGCCAGCGAUCGAGUCGCUUCUUCUGGCAAAGCUGGCUUCGCCCAGCGCACCAUCUUCAAUUGUUCACUCAUGCUGCAAUCUCCUCGUGCUGCUCCCUCGCGCCUCCGGCGACCCGUCUCUCUGGUCGGCCUUCAUGCGCCGCCUGCUGCUGUCCGUCCACGCGGACCUCGACACCCUCCUCUCAGGCUUUGAGGAUGCAUCCGUACGGUCCAAGGCCCUGGCAACCCUCCUGCACUCCAACAGCGCAUCUCUCCCCACGCCUCUGGUCCCCGAGCACCGCCACUGGAUUGCCGUCCACUGCACCAAGGAGGCUGAGGGGCAGCAGCAGCAGGACACAGGGGGGCAGGGGCACAGUGUAAGGCAGUCGGCAAAUCCAAACGCCGCCAGCAGCAGCAACAGCGGCGAUGGCGGCAGCAGCAGCAGCAGCGGGGAUCCCGAGGCAGUGUUUCGCCGGGUCGUGCCGCGGCUGCACGCGCUGCUGCUGACGUGCCAGCUGGCAAUCACCCAGGGGUUCUCCGCUCCGGUGCCAGCCCCCCUCUCGGCGCUGCUGUCUCUCGCCCACCGUCUCCUCUCAGCCGACGCCACCAUCCGCCUCACUCAAGUAGAGGGCACAGGGCUCGUCAUCCCCCUCUCCCUCCUCGCCUCUGGUACUGGAGGGAGGGGGGGAGGAGUGGGAGGGGGAGGAAGGGAUGGACGGGGAGGAGCGAGGAGUGAUGGGCUGGAUGGCAUGGGCUCGGCGUUUUCUGCUGGGCGCCAGCUGGCUCUGUGUGUGGAGCUGCCGGCGCUGCAGUGUGCGGGGCUGCGGAUUAUGCUGGCGGUGCUGCAGGGAGUGAGGAACCACAUCCUGCCCCAUGCGGCGACCAUCUCUCACACCCUCGUGUCGGCCUUUCGCCGUUCGGCAGCAGCGGGGGACGACGCCACCACGCUGCCUUUCAAGGCGCUGCUGUACCGCACGGCCACGCAGUACCUCUACGCUCUGGGGGCUGGCAUGAUGACCCAGAUUGCCCCCAUAGUGGUGGGCCGCGGCAUCACCGAUCUCAAGCAGGCUGUCCCAGCGCUCUUCUCCCCGACCAACCAGCGUUCGCCAGGUGGCAGCAUGGCGUUCGACGCUGCUCCCAACGCUGUGGGCGGCAGCGGGAGGGUGGGCGGAGGGGGAGGGGGAGGGGCAGGGGGAGGUGCAUCGGGGGCAGGUGUUAUUUCGGGCAGCCAGUGCCUGCAGUCUGCUGAUCUGCAGAUUGCGAUUCUUGAAGCGCUAGAGGCGCUGCUGGUGGCGGGCGGCCCCCUUCUACCUGAGCACUGGCGCAUGGAGGUGGAUGCAGCACUCACCUGCACCGCAGCCAUCGCCCUCGGCACCGGCGGUUACGACUCCGGUUUCAACUCUGGUUACAACUCAGGUUACAACUCCACCAGCCAUGCUCAGAUGCCCUGGACCCCUGCCUCCGACCGUGCAAUCAGAUCGCUCCAGCUGGCAGCGUGCCAUGCCCUCCUUGCCUCCCUACUAGCCCCGUGCAAGUACCGCCCCCCCUACCUCGGCCAAGCACUUAGAAUCUUCCGGCAGGGGCGGCAGCAGAUGGCUACUGAAGUGGCUGCUUUCUGCUCCUUUGCUCUUCUGGCUCUAGAGCCAGUGCUCCACCCUAGGUGCCUCCCCCACUCAACCUCUAUCCACCCGCUCUCGUCACUCCUUGUUCCGUCGCAACCCCCGCCUAACGUGCAACUGCAGCAGAUGCAGCAGCAGCAGCUGGAGCAGCAGCAGCAGCUACUGGAGCAGCAGUUACAACAGGAGCAUUUACAGCAGCAGCAGCAGCAGCAGCAGCAGUCUUUGAGUUUGGGUGGCUCGCCAGCCCCUUCUGCCGCCCAUCCCGCCGUCUCUGCCAGCCAGCCGUCCAGCUUGCCGGCCACUUCCGGCAGUAUGCCGCCUCCGGCCACCCAGGCUAGCUCACUCGCCGUCUCACUCCAUAUCGGGGGAUCGAUGGCAAUGGCCUUGUCUGCUGCUGUGGGAGGGGGUGCGGGCGGUCUUGGAGCUAUGGGCGGUGAUGUUUGGCCUCUAGCAGACUUGUGGACGGAGGUGGAUGGGUAUGGUACGUUCGGGCAUGACCUCAUGGAGAUCGGGGGAGGGACACCUGGGGCAGGUAUUACUGGUGCAGGAAUGCAAGUUGCAGGAGGUGCAUCUGGUGCAGGUUUUACUGGCAUGGCUACAAACGGUGCGGCUGCAGGGGCAGCAUCUGGCGGGUUCGGGUCCAUUGAGGAGAGGCCGUCAGGGGCACCUAUGGAUACUGAUGGUUCGGCACUUCCUGCUGCCCUUACCUCUGCUGCUCCUGCUGCUGCUCCUGCCAUGCCCAUGCCCCCCCCUCCUGCUCCUGCUUCUGCUCCUGCUCCUGGAGCUCCUGCUGCUGCUGCUGCUGUUCCUGCACUAGGGACAGCAGGAGCAGCAGCAGCAGCAGCGCCUGCAGUGUCGUCGCUAAGUGAUAAAUCAAGUGGGGCACGAGGGAAAGGAGGCGCAAAAAAAGGGGCAGCAGCAGCAGCAGCAGCAGCAGCAGCAGCAGCAGCAGCAGGAGCUGGAGCAGGAGGAGCAGGAGCAGGAUCAGCAGGAGGAGCAGAGAAGGGAGGGAAGCGCAGGGAUGUGGGGAAGGAAAUUUUCAUCAAGACACUCACGCCGGCUGUAGCGCGCUUCCUCAGUGCCAAUGACCCCUCCUCCCCCUCCGCUUCUGCUCGUGCUUCACCCUCUACUUCAGCAGCUCCUGCUGCUGUUGGCAGCAGCGGUUCGGCUGGAAAGAGCAGGAAAGGGGCACCUAGAAAUGAGCAAGGCUCUGCUGCUACUGCUGCUGCUGAUGCUGGUGCUGGUGCUGCUGUGAGUGGCGCUGGUGCUGCUGGUAGUGGCUCACCUGGUGGGUCAGGAGCAGGGAGGAAAGGCAAAGAGCAGGUUCGGGCCGGAGGAGGUUCGGCACUUGCAGGUUCGGCUUGGAGAAGCCUGGGACAAGGUGGUUCGGGGCAGGGAGGCGGGGAGCAGCAGGGAGGGAUGCAGUCGCAUGGUUACGGGUCAAGGAAGGUGGUAACCACCAUAGAGGAGGCGGACGCAGCUGGGCUCGAGGCUGCGAGGAGAGCAAGGGAGUCCCGAACCAAAGCGGCUGCCAUGGCUCGGAUGCUGCAGGAUUCUGGCUUCCUGGGGGGAACUGGACGCUCGGGAACUCCAGGCGUGGGUGGUGGAGGUCCGUGGGCUGCAGGUUUGGGCUCCGGUGGGGUUGCAGGGUCUGGACAAGAUGCACGAGUGGGUUCUGCCGCCGCUGCUGCUGGCCCUUCGUCUGCUCCUGCUGGUGUUGCUGCUGGCCCUUUGUUCGCUCCUGCUGCUGGUGCUGCUGGUGCUUCUGGCGCUGCUGGUGGUAGCGCUGGUGGGAGGGGGAGGGUUGCGUCUGGUGGUGCUGCAACGUCAGUUGCUGCCUCAACUGGAUUUGAUUCUGACUCUGAUGGCCCCUUGCCUGAAAUUGUGGUAGGGGAUGACCUUGAGUUCUAGUGCCAGUAUUGAUUGCUGUGGCGGCUCUCUGAAACUGCUGAUCUAGCUACAUUAAAAUAACGGGCUUGCUGUUUUCAUUUACAGGCUUCAAA